AUGGAGAAUCCUUCAAGUAUGCAAAAAUUGGUUCAACAGUUCGGAUUCCCAUACUUGUCAACCGAGCUGACACCCAUUGUCGGCCCGGGUGACACUGUCAAUUGCUAUUGCCUACGGGAAAUACUUGAGAAAUAUGUCAAAUUUAACAAUUGCUACCCCAGGAUCGACAAUUACGAAUACCUGUUCCGAUGCUCCACUCACCUCCGAUCGAAUCGCAAAGUCAAUGCGACAUUGACGAUGCUCAAAGAUCUGCAGACUCCGCUAGCCCUGAUCAGACUGUUUGAUAGCAAGGAGCUCGUCAAACACUACAGCGACGACACGGAGCACAAGAAACUGGCCAACAUGGUUCUUCUGAAGAUUCGAGCUAUGAAAAUGGAAGAGAAGAGACAAGAUGUAGGAAGACGUUCGAGCCGAAGACUUCUGACGGAUUCAGAAUUCCAUGUAUCCCGACGCAUAGAAUCCAGAAGAGAACCAUUAUCGCCAAGUAGAAUGGCUUCUUGGAUCUUUUCAAUACUUCCUCGGUUUUUCCUCACAGUACCUUUAUGA